ACCUGGAGCUCAGUGUAGAUUGAUUUGCGGGCAGUUGCAGUCCCUUUCCGUCGCUCCACAAUAUGACGCGUCGUGUGCUAAUCUGUGUGACUUUACUACUAACCGUGCUGGGGGCAUCGCUCAUCACGGCCCAGGGUGAUACGAGUGAUGUGAAUUUUAAAUUUCAAACUCGUCCACCGUUGCCCGACGCGUCCGUGAUGCCAACGUUGGCCAACGGAAAUAUCGGGUUCGUGGCGUACGGUGAAUACGUCCAUCUGAACGGUGUGUACAAUGGGCUGGGAGGUAAUUCUCAUCGGGCGCGCAUACCGAACUAUGGCAACAUUCAGCUGACGUCGUGCUCACCCCGAAGCCCCAGUAUUACGGGCUCCUGUACCUAUCAGCUGGACAUGCGGGCGGGCAAGUUUGUGACGGUCGAUGAAAAUGCGCCCUACCGAGUGGUGCACGAAAUGUACCCCCAUCGGUACUACGAUACGGUGCUGGUGAACCGCGUCCGUAUUCAACGGCUUGCCUCGCAGGGUGUGAUUCAGGCCCGGCUGGAGCAGAUUCCCGGACCGCUGAGUGACGAUUUCUCCUGGUCGCCGAGCACCGAAUUCACAAUGUCCGGUCAGGUGUACAAGGUGCAGUGCGGUGUGACGGUGCAGGUGGAAAACCCGAGCUGGCAAGCGUUUGGCCACAGUGUUUGCGUGACCUAUCCGACCAUCCCGGAGUAUGUGCAGAUUGAGCCGGAUACGAUGGCGAAGGAGUUCCUGUUCUUUACCGCCUUCACGAUGACCGCGGAGGAUGGUAACCGACAGAUUCAGGCAGUUUCCGGGCUUUCGAGCUCGCAGGAAGAAACGCUGCACAUGAGAGAGAUGGACAAGCUUUGGGAGCGGUACGGUAUUACGGCGGAAGGAAACAGCGAGCUUGAUCGAGUGAUCAAGGCCAGUGCGUUCUAUCUGUUCAGCUCGCUGCCGGCACAUCAAGCGGCGACCUCGGUCGGACGGUAUCCUUUCUACGGACUUGCUCCGGCCGGCCUGGGCCGUGGUGGACUCGUAGAGCAGGAAUACCAGGGUCACAGUUUCUGGGAUACAGAAAUUUGGAUGUACCCGUCGAUUUUGAUGGUGGAUCCGGUCAAUGCAGCGCGUGUUUUAAGCUACCGUACCACCGUCAGUGGUGGCGCACGUACCAACGCGAUGCAGAACGGAUUUGACGGUAUCCAGUUUCCAUGGGAAUCGGCAUUCACCGGUACCGAGGUAACGCCCGACUGUUGUCCAGAGGUGGUCAACUACCAGCAUCACAUCACGGCGGACAUUGUGUUUGCGGCCCGACAGUACUUCUACGCCACCGGCAAUCUGGAUUGGUUGAGGACGCAGGCCUGUCGGCUUGCGGCUGACACAUCCCUAUUCUGGCUUAGCCGAGUGGUGUACAACAACGCAACCGAUUUGUACGAAAUCCGAAACGCUAUGGGACCGGACGAGGAUCAUCCGAACGUGUCGAACAAUGCGUUUACGAAUGUGAUGGCCGCACACAAUCUGUUCUUCGGUGAGUUUGCAGCAUGCUACUGCGGGGACAAUGUGCUCAAUGAGAGUAUGCGUAAGGAGCUGCUGAUGGUAGCCCGGGGGCUCACAUUGCUGUACGAUGAGGAGGGCGAUUUCCAUCCCCAGUUUGAAGGAUAUCAGACGGGCACACCGAUCAAGCAAGCCGACACGGUACUGCUGAUCUACCCGCUGCAGUAUCCAAUGAACGUCUCGACGAAAGCAAACAAUCUGCUCAAAUACUCGCAGGUUACGCGUGAGAAUGGACCCGCCAUGACAUGGGCUAUCCACACGAUCGGCCAUCUGGAGCUUAAUCAGCUGCAAGAAGCGGGCGCUAUGUUUGAUAAGAGCUAUCGCCAAUAUCUUCGCGCACCGUUCAACGUUUGGAGCGAAAACGGUAACAAUGAGCCAGGCGCGGGUAACUUCAUCACCGGUGCCGGUGGCUUCCUACAGUCCAUCAUCAACGGGUACGCCGGCGUUCGGCUGCAUCAGGAUCGGUUGGAAAUUCGGAACGCUCGUCCAACGCCCAACACCAACACGCUGCAUCUGCCGACCAUCGAGUAUCGGGGCGUCCAGUUCUCGCUGACGGUGCGAAAUAAUGCGUUUACCAUCAAGAUUAAAACGGACGGCCGGCAAACUGAUUUGAAGCUGAUGGUCGAACAGCGAGAGCAGCCUAUCUGUAAGGAUUGUGAAUAUAAUGGUACGAUUGCUAGCUUCGAGGUGACAACGGAUCAAAUAUUCGAAGGUUGCCGUUUGAAGCCAACCACGCUCGGAGUGAAGAUUGCAGACCAAACUGAUGCUGCCUCAGCGCUUCGUACUACGUCGAUGGCUUUCCUGUCGCUGGUCGUGUGUUUCCUGCUCAGCAAGAUGUUCUGAGAAGUUUAUUGGUUUUAAUUGUCAAUGGGAUAAGUUGAGCUUACAAUGUUUUCAACACUUUUUUGUUUGAAAGUAAAUGAUUACGAGACGAAAUAGAUGUUUUACCCUGCCUAUUUAAUAUUA